AUGGCUCACCAAGACUCACCACAGUCUUCGCUGUCGUCUUCGACAACUGAGAACCCGAUUGUUGCAGUUGGUAGGAAAGUAAAGUCGGUUCUGAGCACACACCAACGACCCACCAUUCGUAUUUAUCGCGACUCGUCGACUGCUGAAUCACGAAAUGUACCCUCAACAAGAGACUUUUCCGAGAAAUCUACCUCCACCUCGUUACCUCAUGGAAGUACCCAACAAAACCGUACAGGGCUUUCAGAACAAUCCGUCACUCAAGCGGCAAACCACCCUCUUCCAUCGCAAGGAAAUGUAUUUACCAAUCGCUUUCGAUCGCUAUUUGGUCGCGGGGAAUACUCUAAGGAGCCCGAAUCUUAUGAGCAUGAAUAUGACCCUGAUAUGGUAGAUUUGCUAGAUGUUAUGGAUCCUGAAAUAUCUACUCUCUCCACUCUUACCAAUGUUCAGAAUUCCCUUUUCGUGCCUCAAAUGGGAGGGUUUGUUAAUCGUCAGCCGACAUACAAACUUUCAGAACGGCCAGGAGAAGUACGCACGAUUGAUAAGAUCAAAGCAAAGUUGAAAAAUCUACGAAGUCCAGAAAAACAAGCAGAUGGUGAUACAUGGAAACCGCCAAAAUUAGAGUAUGCCGUUUUGCCUGAUGGAGAAAGGCUUGGUGGCUGGACGCCCGCCGAGGUGGAUGAGCUAGAUGAUCUUGUUAGACAUCAACUUCAUUCCCGACGAGCGAAAUUCAAGCGUUCAAUGAAAGGAUUCGGACAGUAUGUUCGCAGACCUUUGGGACUAUUCAUCACAGUUUACGCAACCUUGAUUACAUUAUUUGGUGCGGCCUGGGUACUUUUUCUCAUCGGCUGGAUAUCCCUAGGUUCUCGAAAAGCUUAUAUUGUCAACAUUGUUGAUAACGUGCUCGUUGCUCUUUUCGCAAUCAUUGGUGAUGGUCUAGCUCCUUUCCGUGCAGUUGAUACCUACCACAUGGCCUAUAUUGCACACUAUCACCGCAAAACCUGGAAACGUCGCGAGAAACUCGGUCUCCCAGAGCUGUGGGACCAUAAUGAUCUCCCAGAACAACGCAAGGAAGAUAUUGCUCCACCUCCUCAAGUCGAUAUCGAGAGUCUAUGCGCCCGUCGAAUGCCAAAAAGUUUUGCACGUAGAGUUGCGCCACGCAUACCCAAGAAGUACGCCGAUAGAAUGAUUGCUCGAAAUCAAAUAGAAGUAGAGCCAAAUUACGAAUAUACCGUCCUCUCACCAGAAGAACAGAGUGUCCUCGAAUAUCACGAACGAAAAUUUUCCAAAAGUCACACAUUCUAUAAGCCACACGAGACAGAGACCCAUUACGCAUUCCCUUUGAAGUUACUUUUUGCCGUCGUCAUAUUACUCGAUUUGCAUUCUUGUCUUCAAAUCACGUUAGGUGCAUGUACGUGGGGAAUCUCGUAUAAGACUCGACCAUUCGCCCUCACGACAGUCAUUCUAUGCUGUAGUAUCACUUGCAACAUCAUGGGAGGUGUUCUAAUAUCCAUGGGCGACAAACGUACACGCAAACAUGACGUAAUUGAAAAAAUGAUGAAGCAAGAGCUUACCUCUGAAGCUAUCGACACGAUAAAUACCCGAAGACUCAAAGAAGCAGAGGAAAGAGGAGAAAUAGAUCCAGAGAUUAGAAAACGAAGAGAAGAGGAAAAGGACAGAGAAGAUAAUGAAGAAAUCAAGAAAAGCUGGAAGAGUGUACCAAGUUUACCGAAAAAGUUACUGGGCAAGGGCGAGGAUCAUAGACAACCGAGUUUGCCUGUGGAAGCGAGGAGUUCGAGUUCGAGUACGCAUGUAGAUUCGCCAAAAAGAGCAGGCUCAAGUUCUUCGAAAGAUAAGAAGUCGAGCAGAAGUGGUAGUACAGCGUUACAACCUGUACAAGAAACUCCAACAGUAGCUCAGCCAACGUAUCCACAGCCAGUAGCGAGAAGAGGGGAGGGUGUGUUACCGCCUAAGAAGGGGGUGGGGCAAAAAGUAUUGGCGGGGUUCCGAAAGGCUGAUCUGGAUAGAAGCUAG